AUAGUUCUGACAGCACCUGAAGGCAUCAUGAGAAGAGCGUCCUCCCUGCACUUCCCCUCUACAAGAGCCAGUUGUUGACCUGCGGAGUUAUCCAGUCCGCUUCUCUUCGCCGAGCAAAGUGUCGGACCUCGCUACCUCACCAGCCGCUGCGUAGUCGGUGAUCUAUCCGCUCUCGGGGCUCCAGAGACGGGGCAUGCUCUGCCAUGGUUGACAUAAACGGCGGCUGGAACCUGUCUUUCGCCGGGUGCGGCUUUCUGGGAAUUUACCACAUCGGAGUUGCCAGCUGCCUGCUGGAGAAAGCGCCCUACCUCAUCAAAGGGGCCACCAAGUUGUACGGAGCCUCCGCCGGAGCUCUGACCGCCUCGGUGCUCGCCAGCCAGGCAUGCAUAACAAAAUGUUGUGAAGAUGUGCUCGAGGUGGCAAAGGAGGCCAGGAAAAGGAACCUGGGGCCCCUUCACCCCACCUUCAACCUGGUCAAGGUGAUAAGGACCGGCCUGGAUCGGGACCUGCCCUCCGACGCGCACGUCCAGGCCUCGGGGCGGCUGUGCGUUUCGCUCACCAGAGUGUCGGACGGGGAGAACGUGCUGGUGUCAGAGUUUAGCUCCAAAGAGGAACUCAUUCAGGCGCUAAUCUGCAGCUGCUUCAUUCCUGUCUACUGUGGGCUGAUCCCUCCAUCCUUCAGAGGAGUGCGCUAUGUGGACGGCGGGAUCAGCAACAACCUGCCGCAGUCGGAGCUGAAGAACACCAUCACCAUCUCACCCUUCUCGGGCGAGUGCGACAUCUGUCCCCGCGACAACUCCACCAGCUUCCACGAGCUGCGCUUCACCAACACCAGCAUCCAGAUGAACCUGGGCAACAUGUACCGCCUCAGCAGGGCAUUGUUUCCACCGGAACCCAAGGUACUAGCUGAGAUGUGUCAGAGCGGUUAUAAGGAUGCCCUGCGCUUCCUGGAAGAAAACAACCUGCUCAUGCUGGAUCCCCCGACCUCGGGCCCCGCCCUGCCAGAGAGCCCGCCCCCUUGCUGCUUCAAGCACACGGAAACCACCAAGGAGUGGGUGCUCCGGAGGCUCCGCCUACUGCGCAAACAGCACUGGUGGCUAGACGAGCAGAUGGUCCUGCCCACGCCCAUCAAGAAAGUGUUCUGCGAGGCCUGCCAAGACAAGUCUGGCCUGUAUGCCAAGGUGUCCAAGAUGCUGCCGGUGAGAGUGGCCUCCUACAUGCUCAUGCCAUACACACUUCCCGUCCAGUCGGCCUAUUCCGUGGCCCAGAGGUUUGUGGAGUGGAUCCCAGAGGUGCCGGCAGAUAUGCGCUGGCUGUUUGGGGUGGCAGGUGACAUGUACCAACAGGCCUGGAAAGGAGCUCCAGCCAACUCCAUCAGUGAGCCGGGCCUGAGGAAAUGCUUGAGCGCGCCGCCUCCACCAACAGAGUGUGACAAAACCAUGCAUAGAGACAACCUGCCGGCUCUCUCCUCCCUAGACCUCCACGGAAGCUACUGGGAGAUCCCCAAAUCUACCUCCUCCUCCUCCUCCUCCCACUCGUCCCACCACCAUCCUCACAUCGCCCCCUCGUCUCCGCAGCAGGUCUGCUUCUUCGUCGGCUCGCAGGAUGACCAUCACGGCCACGCGCAGCAGUAAAUUGACAAUGAUAGAAUUGAAUUUUAAGCAUUGGGUGCUAAACAUUUGAACCAAUGAGCAAUAGAGCGUACAUAUCUCAAGGAGAUGCACAUCUAUCUCUGACUCUGAACACUCCAAGCAGCACCGACUGUAUUAUAUUUGAACGAGUGCUCUGGACCUCACUCAGGAUCACGGAUGUGUUUUAUGAUCUGUUUGAAUGUACAGCACAGUGUCUAGUUUUACACUCUAACUGUAACCCUACCGACAAGUAACAUUCAUUCCUCAUUCCAACACAGUUCAUUGUUGAUGUUCACAUUUGUGUGAUAUCUCCAGGCGCAACAAGAUGCAACGUCUGGGGGGGCCGCCGGCCUCCAUCCUAUUGAAACUCGGCAGAAACGUUCACAUCUAAGCUGCUAGAGCGCCGAAAGAAAUCAUGGCCAAAGCUACAAUUAACUGAAGUGUCCUUGAAAGUGAGAUGAUGUCAAAGACUGAAUUCUAAAUAUUGAGAAGAAUCUACCAAAUAUAAGUCACUUUACUCACAGAUGAGUUACUGUCAAGGACUUUUCUCAUUUCCCCAUUGUUUACCUCCUCGUCUCCUUGCUCCUACGGCUUGCUACCCAGAAAAGGAUCCAUCUUGAAGAGCGUCCCAAUUUCUAUCUGGAGGAGCGAGGAGGCUUGCCAGAGCAGUCAUAAGUGAGGCCUGUUACCUCAACUCAUCGCGUCUCUUCCACGCCUCCUCUGCUCGCAACUCCUGUGGGCGGGACUAAGAGGAAAGGGACUCAAGCAUGUACACAACUGGGUAAUGGGAAAGGCCUUCAGGGUAAAUUCACCAACUACACAAUGGUGUCAGUUGGCUGCUGGGAAAGGUGUUGAGCCAACGAUAAAGCCUCUUUAGAGGUUAUUGUUUUCGCCAAAAUGAAACAGUGAUGCUGACUGCUGAUCAGCAGAGUGCAGCCAGUGUCAACGUAAUUCUUCAAGUUGUAAAUCGGUUGUAAGUUGUGUUUUUGCACUCUUAAGAUUAAACCAUAUUUGAAACCAA